ACCCUCGCAGGCGCGUCGACGAAUUCAAGUUUCACCUUCGUGCCAGGGUUGGUUCGGAAGGUCAACACGGGCUUGCUCCCGAAUCAAUACGCCAACCCACCGCGUGGCUUGCGGUAUAAAACUCCCGCGCUCGCGUAAUUGGAAAAGCUAAUUUUGAUCGCCUCGAUAACGCGUCGAGUACUCGUGUAUCAUCCGUCAAGCUGUUGGCAGUACGCGUUCACUCUUUUUCCGAUCAGGCUGCUGGUUCAGGCGCAAACGAGAUGCUGAAGAAAGCGCUGUCCAAAUCUGGCCUCAGGAUAUUAAGGGCAAUAAAGAAGCUUUCAACGAAGAGCAGAUUGGCGAAGAAGUCGCAGUCGGGUGCCACGUCUAAACUGUCAUUGGGAUCUGCAAAUUCGAGGCCUUCAAUGCUACCAGAACACGAGGCGAUUUCGUUAUCUUGGUCACUCGCGUCGUUGGAUACAAAGAGCGUUGACACUUACCUAACGAUGGUCAGUGAAAAUUUUCUGGAAAGCCCAGAAAACUACAGCAGAAGGAAACGCUGUUGCUGUUGUGCCGAGUAUGAAGAAAAUCUGAGGAACGAAAACAGGGAGAAUGAGAUGUUUGUGUAACCUGCGGUGAUCAUCCGCACUUACAGAUACAAGAGAGAUUUUUGAAUGAAGAAAGAUAAGCUCAACUGUGAAAGCUUCGCAAUAAAUUUCUGUUGUCCUCGCUCCCGCUAGUUAUUAUUUCCUAACAAUAUUCGGAAACGGUCGAUAUCUACGUUGACGUAUAUAUUUCCAAACAUCGAAUUUCACGUAUCUCAAACGCGAAAAAGAGUUUAACAGCCCCAUUUCAUGUACAAUUCUGAACAAAAAAACCCCAAUACAUUUUCAUUUUACGCAGAAA